AUUCUAUUUACAAUCCAAGUAUGUUUUUUUAGUACUAAAAAGUAGUCUACGGUAUAAAGUUGCCUUUUUUUUUAAAUACCAUGCGGUGAAAUUUGACAACUCUGUCUGUCUUUACGAAACCUAACCUCAUCGCACGUGUUUUGACUUUUCUGCGUGUUUUGUGUAAAGUUGAUAAAUAUGGUUGCAAAAAGGAAGAAGAAGUAUUCAGUAGGUGAGGGGGCACAGUUUAUGUCCAGAAAAGCAGCUUUGAAAAAAUUGCAGUUAUCGUUGAACGAUUUUCGAAGACUUUGUAUAAUUAAAGGAAUUUAUCCAAGAGAACCACGUAACAGAAAAAGGGCGCAGAAAGGCCAAUCAGGAAUUAAAACUUUAUACCAUGUAAAAGAUAUACAGUUUUUGUUACAUGAACCAAUAAUAUGGAAAUUACGUGAUUAUAAAAUAUUUAACAAAAAAGUGGGUAGAGCAAGGGCUAUCAAAGAUUUUGAAAGAUUACACAGAUAUUUAAAUAAUCACCCAACAUUAAAACUUGACCAUAUUGUUAAAGAAAGAUAUCCAACAUUCUUAGAUGCACUUCGUGACUUGGAUGAUUGUUUAACUUUAUGCUUCUUAUUCAGUACUUUUCCGUCAUUGGCGCAUGUACCAAGAGAUCAAUCAGCUUUAUGUCAACGGUUAACAAUGGAAUUUUUACAUGCCGUUAUUGAAGCAAAAGCAUUGCGCAAAGUGUUUAUUUCAAUUAAGGGUUAUUACUUCCAAGCUGAAAUUAAAGGUGAAACUGUCACAUGGAUUGUACCCCAUCACUUUUCCUUUGAGCCACAACACAGAGCCGAAGUAGAUUUCAAAAUUAUGUCCACAUUUGUUGAAUUCUACACGAUUUUAUUAGGAUUUGUUAACUUCCGUUUGUAUCAUUGGUUAAAUUUGUAUUACCCCCCAAAAUUCAACUCUAUCAAUCAGAAUGAGGGUGAGAAAGAUUUGGUGGAUGAAAAUGUUUAUGUUGCUGAAAGAAUAGCAGCUCUAAAUUUCCCUUUAUCGAAAACUUCCAAUGAAGUGGUUGAGGAGGAUUUAGAAAUUGAUGCUUUUAAUAACGAUGAAAGCCCGGAAAAAAUCGAAGAACUAAAAAAAGAAGCUGAAAAAGAUAAACAACUUAAAACCCUGUUUAAAGGUUUAAAAUUCUUCUUAAAUCGUGAAGUACCAAGAGAACCACUAGUUUUUAUAAUACGUUGUUUUGGCGGAGAAGUUUCUUGGGAUAAAUCCUUAUUUGUUGGCUCCACUUUUGAUGAGAACGAUGAAUCCAUUACGCAUCAUAUUGUAGACAGGCCAUCGAUGGAAAAACAUUUUAUUUCGAGGUACUACAUACAGCCCCAAUGGUUGUUUGACAGUGUAAAUUGUAGGGAAUUAUUGCCAGUGAAUAAAUAUUUCAUGGGCGAGAUUCUGCCCCCGCAUUUAUCACCAUUUAUAGAUAAGGAGAGAGAUCAGCAAUAUAUUCCUCCUGAAGAAAGAGCUCUUUUGGAUGCUUCAAUUGAACAUAUGUAUAAAAAGGAUGAAGAAAAUGAUGGGGAAGGUGUUGAUGAUGAUGAGGAGGACGAGGAUAAUGAAGAAGACGGCGGUGAAAAUGAAGAUGAUGAAGAAGAAUCAGAUAAUGAAGAGGAAAGUCAAAAUGAAAAGAAACUUUCGGUAACGCCUGGAGAGGUUUUCAAAGAAGUUCCGUGGGAGAAAAGUCGCCAAGAAAGACAGGAAUACAGGUUAAGAGAGAAACUGGUGAAGAAUAAGCAUAGAAAAUUGUACAAGAGUAUGAUGGAGGGUAAGGAGAAAAGAGCUAAAGAAAUUUGGUUGUUGCGAAAGAAGAGGAGGUUACAUGAUGCUGAGAAAGCUGAAGAUACCAAGGGUAAAAAGAAGGUAGCAAAGAAAGAAAAUGGGCCAGCAAAAAAAAAUGAAGCUGCAACAAAAGGAAAGAAAAAAUCCAAAAUAAAUUAGACUUGUUUGACCAUAUUUACAUGAUUAAUAAAUGUUAAUUUUA